AUGGCUGGCCAAAAUGCACGUUUGAAUGUGGUUCCAACUGUUACAAUGCUCGGGGUUAUGAAAGCCCGUCUUGAUGGUACACCGGAUCUGAGCAACUGUUAUGCUCAGGUUUCAGACAAUGGAGCUCAACAAGACUCAACUAGUUGCAACAUUGCUUCUAGUCCUCCCCAGAAACUUAAACUAUUAUUCAGUUUUUGGGGGAUUGAAACUUUUGUUGCGGAUCCACUUCUGGUUCAGCCGCUUCAGCCCAUGUCUUCUUGUCCUAAACCACCACCAGCUCCUGUUAUGCCUCCUCCUCCAGUCCCACUACCUCAGUUUAAGUUUCCACCUUUGCUUCCAACCCCUCAGGCUCCGGUGAUACUUCCUCCUCCGGUCCNUGUCAACAUUCCUCCUCCAGCUACAUCGCCUCCUCAGUUUAAGCUUCCACCUUUGCCUCCAAUUCCUCCAGUGCCAUUUGCUGAGACUUCAGCUUGUUCUCACUAG